AUGAGAAUAUCAAUUUUUAUUUUAUUAAAUAUUAUUAUUAGUAGUGCUAUUGUAAAUUGUGCAACAUAUGUUAAUUUUACACCACACCCAAAAUGUGAUACAGAUAAACAAGAAUCAGGUAUUGGAUAUUCAUGGGAAACCAAUACAUGUAUACAUUUGUAUGAUGGUUCAUAUUAUGUAUCAAUUGAUCCAAAUGAUAAAAACUCUGUUAAUAUGUUAUUCUUUAAUAAUCCAAAUUCAAAUUGUGGACAUGGUGAAACUAAUGUUUCAAGAAGUUAUGAAGUUGGUAAUUGUUAUCAAGUUGCAUGGUAUUAUGAUCCAGCAUUUUAUAAUGUGGUUAAUUAUGCAGUUAUGUCAAUUGUGGAAGAUCCUGGAUAUGUUAAUCCAGAGGGAUAUCGUUAUACAUUAUAUCAAAUGGAUGAUACUGACUGUCAAGGUAAUCCAUUGUUCUCUUAUUAUUAUACAAAUGGUAUAACAUUUAAGAAUACAUUACAAACUUUUACCUAUGAUUGUGAACAAGGUAUUCCAUAUGAAUAUGUUUGUACUGAAAAUGUAUCAUGUAUCAACACAACCACUGAAUUCCAAUGCCAAAAAUCUAAUGAUGGUAAAAAUUUAUAUUCAACAACUUGUUAA